AUGUCCGAUGGUGAAUUCAGUGAUGAUGACCGCGAAUCGAUGCAUUCGGCGGACGACACCGGAUUCAUCGGGUUUCCGGAAGAGAAACUCGCUGUCCCUGUACGGAGCGCCAUUGUCCGGAACCCGAAUCAGCAAGUGCAACAACAAGUUCCAAGGGAACUACAAGGCCUGUUCCGGCUUCGAGAGCAGAUGAGGCAGAGGAUCGUUGGUGUCCGUCGGAACCUGCAGAAGCAGAAGCAGCUUGCUGUGGGACCGCUCAAGGUCAUGAAGGAGAUGCUGGCGGCCGCCUUCAAGGAAUAUAACGGGUGCCACAAUGAAGUCAUGACGUGGAUAACGGACGACGAACUUCCGGCUCAAGUGGCGAUUUACCAAGAGUUCGAAGACAUGUACUUCGAGGUCUCGACGACUGUGGAAGAGCUGUAUCUGGAGGUCAAGAACCGAGAUGCAACGCCGUCGAAUACCAAGCCGCAAGUUGUUGUCCAGCAACGCCCCUUGAAAGUGCCAAUCCCCUCUUUUGACGGCAGUUACGCAAACUGGCCGAAAUUCAAAGCCAUCUUUCUAGACCUGAUGGCCAACUCCGGGGAUUCAGACGUGGUGAAGUUGUACCAUCUCGAAAAGGCGCUAGUCGGGGAAGCCGAAGGGAGCAUUGACGCGAAGGUCUUGAACGAGGGUAACUACAAACAAGCCUGGGCCGACCUCGCUGAACGCUUCGAUAACCUGCGUGUGAUCGUCGAGUCUCAUCUACGAGCCCUGCUGUCGCUGAAAAGGAUGACGUCCGAGUCGCAUAAUGAGUUGCGAUCUCUGAUAAACGAAGUUACGCGCAACGUGGAGAGCCUGCGGUACCUGAAACAGGAGUUGACUGGCGUGUCCGAGCACAUGCUUGUAUUUCUGAUCACUAACGCGCUCGACCAGUCCACACGUAAAGCCUGGGAGGCUACGCAGAAGAAGGGAGAGCUACCGAAAUACGCUCCGACCAUGGAGUUCUUGAAGUCCAGAGCCCACAUUCUGGAAAACUGUGAGGUGGCGUUCGAGUACCAAAGCCCACCAGCAACCAAGCCGAAACCUACGUUCAAACCAGCCCAGAGAAGUCAUGCCGUGGCGGCCAUUCCAGCAUCCGAGUCGACGUGUGACUUUUGCGGUGGUUCCCACGGUAACUACCAGUGCUCGACCUUGACCUCUCUGUCCAUGCCCCAGAGGAGGGAAAAGGUGCGAGUAGCUGGACUCUGUUACAACUGUCUGCGAAAGGGACACUUCGUGAGCGGGUGUCCAUCUACGAAAGCGUGCCGAAAAUGUGAAGCUCGUCACAACACGCUGUUGCACGAUGACGCAGCGUCAAUCCCUGGACGUGCCGUCCAGCCCAAGCCAUUAGUCGUUGCUGAAGCAACAGCACUACAGCCUGCCGUAGAGGAGGCGCCGAGUUCGGAAGUACGUCAUGUGUCUGCAUCCUGCUCAAGCCUGUUUCCCACCAGGUCGAAGACUGUUCUACUGCUGACCGCAGUGGUAGAUGCCCUCGACAAACACGGCAAACCCCAACCUUGCCGUGUUCUUCUCGACAGCGGUUCCCAAGUCAAUUUCGUGACCGAGGAACUGGCCAACCGUUUGGGAGUAAAGAAGCAGCCAGCAAAUGUCCCUAUCACCGGAAUCAACGAGUUGCGAACCCACGCCCGCGACAAGGUUCUAGUGAAGUUCCGAUCCAGAGUAUCCUCUUUCGCCUGUGCGCUUGAGUGUCUGGUCACACCGAAAGUGACUGGAAAAAUUCCAUCAAGAAAGAUCGACGUCAGUGGUUGGCGUCUUCCGGAAGGAGUUGUACUGGCCGACCAAGAUUUCCAUACUCCAGACAAGGUGGACAUGCUGAUCGGCGGCGAACUCUUCUUUGACAUCCUGAAACCAAGGCACCUCCGACUGUCAGAUAAUCUGCCACAGUUGCGAGAAACCCAUUUGGGAUGGGUCGUUGCUGGGGUCCUCAAGGAACCGUACGUCGCGGACGUACCAAUUCAGCACUCUAACAUGGCCACCUUGGAGGAAGUCGAGACAAUGAUGAAGCAGUUCUGGCAAGUUGAGGAUUUGCCGGACGUCCCGAAACUUUCGCGAGAAGAAGCUGCUUGCGAAUCUCACUUCCUGUCCACCUAUCGACGUGACCCAACAGGAAGAUUCGUGGUCCAGCAACCCUUCAAGAAAAACGUGGUCAAUCUGGAUGAUUGCAGAGAUCUUGCCCUGAAGCGAUUCCUGAUGCUCGAGAAGCGAUUGAUGCGAAACCCGGAACUCCAAACCCAGUACAUCCAGUUCAUUCGAGAAUACGAAGCUCUCGGCCAUUGCCACGAAGUGAUUGAAGCAGACGAUCCACAAGGCCAGAAGAACUUCUACUUGCCGCACCACGCAGUACUGCGGCCCUCGAGCUCGAGCACGAAGUGCCGCGUUGUUUUUGAUGCCAGUGCAAGGACGUCCCCGAACAACUUGGCACUGAACGACGUUCUCCUCGUCGGUCCGGUAGUGCAAAGCGAGCUGUACGCCAUCAUGUUGCGGUUUCGGAUUCACAAGAUUGCGUUUACGGCGGAUAUCUCCAAAAUGUACCGUCAAAUUCUGAUGGCCCCCGAACAUCGACACUACCAACGGAUCUUUUGGCGAGAGCAGACAACACAGCCGCUGCGGGUGCUUGAACUCGACACCGUUACGUACGGUACCGCAUCAGCCCCGUACCAAGCAACCCGAUGCCUCGCCCAGCUGGCCGAAGAAGAGAAGGACGAGUUCCCGAUUGCAGCAAGGAUCGUUCAGCAGGAGGUUUACAUGGACGACAUGCUCUCAGGAGCCGAAACGGUGUCGGAAGCGAUUGAGGCGCAGCAACAAUUGAAACAGCUUCUCGGACACGGUGGCUUCCCAGUCCAUAAAUGGUGCUCCAACUCGGUAGAGUUCCUCAAGCACGUGCCUGUAGAAGAACGUGAAACGCAAGUGCCGCUGGAGGAGAGUGGCGCGAACAAGGUCAUCAAGGUUCUAGGACUGCUCUGGGACCCUGAAGCAGAUACCCUACUGAUUGCCAACCAAACCCGGCCGUCGACGAGUGAUGUUGUAACCAAAAGAAGGAUCUACGCUGAGGUUGCUAAGUUCUACGACCCACUCGGGCUCUUCUCGCCUGCUAUCGUCCUCGCCAAACUACAAUCGCAGCAUCUUUGGAAAAUCAAGGCAGACUGGGACGAUCCGCUCGAAGGAGAGGUGGCGCGCCAUUGGCAGGAUCUUCAAGUGUCACUGGCGAAGCUCAAUCAGAUCCAAGUUCCGAGACGUGUAACGGCGAACAACGCGGUAGCUUAUGAGUUGCACGGGUUUGCAGAUGCUUCCAACGUAGCGUACGGAGCCUGUGUGUAUUUGCGAAGCAUUUUUGCCGACGGCUCGGCAAAGAUGUCGCUGCUGACCAGCAAGUCCAAGCUGGCCCCCCUGAAAGAGCUGUCCAUCCCUCGGAAGGAGUGCUGCGGUGCUCUUUUGUUGACACGUCUUGUGAAAAAGGUGAUCACCGAGCUGAACAUGGAGUUCCAAGAUGUCGUACUGUGGUGCGAUAGCAUGAUCGUGCUGGCCUGGAUUAAAAAACCGCUCAACCAACUCAAGCAGUUUGUGAGAAAUCGCAUCGCUGUCAUUCAGGACGAGACCGAAGGCUUCCGAUGGGAGUAUAUCAACACGGAGAACAACCCUGCGGACAUAGUUUCCCGCGGUCAGGGGCCAGAACUUCUGCGCGACAACCGGCUCUGGUGGUACGGCCCGGAUUUUCUCGCCUACGAAAAUUACCAGACUGUCCCGCCUCAAGCAGUGCCAGACGAUGACCUCCCUGAGAUGAACGCAGUCUUCGCAGCACCUACUGUGAGUAUCGAACCUUUCCCACUCUUCUCCCGAUGCAGUAGCUUCCGUAAGAUCCAACGAAUCGUCGGCUACGCUUUGCGUUUUGCCGAAAACUGCCGGAAGAAACCCGCUGAACGUAGGAGCGGCCAGAUCUUGACGAUCAUAGAGCUGCGCAAGUCGAGGGAAGCAAUACUGAAGGUGAUUCAACUCGUUCAUCUGGGAGACGAGAUUCGGCGCGUUCGCCUCAACGAGCCUUGCAAACGGAUCGGAAACCUUCGACCGAUCCUUCACGAGGGAUUACUCCGAGUUGGCGGUCGUCUCGAUCGCUCACAGCUUGCAUUUGAAUGUCGACACCCAAUCAUCCUCCCGGACAAGGACCCGCUGGUGAGGAAGAUGAUAGAGGAAAUGCACAUCGAUUUUGUGCAUGUCGGUCAGAACGGACUUGUCAACGCCCUGCGUCAACGAUUCUGGUUGCUAAACGCAAGAUCUACUAUCCGUAAAAUUACGCGGCGAUGCGUUAAGUGCUUCCGGUGUGACCCCACUCGUACAACGCAGCUGAUGGGAAAUUUACCUCCAGCGAGAGUUGUUCCUUCACCACCUUUUGCCGCCACUGGAGUUGACUACGCCGGUCCAUUUUGGGUCAAGCAAGGUUCUCGUCGACCCACUCUUGUGAAGGCAUACUUGGCAGUUUUUGUCUGUAUGGCCACCAAAGCGGUGCAUUUGGAGCUCGUGUCCGAUCUCAGCACCGACGCAUUCGUGGCGGCACUUCGACGGAUGAUCAGUCGCAGAGGGUGCGUUCAAGAGUUGCAUUCGAACAACGCAACUAACUUCAAGGGCGCUCACCACGAAUUGCACGAGCUUCACAAGCAGUUCCGGGAUCAGCUAGCGGUUCAGCGCAUCGUACAAUUUUGCCAAGAACGUGAGAUCGAGUGGCAUUUUAUUCCACCGGACGCUCCCGAGUUCGGUGGGCUAUGGGAGGCAGCUGUAAAAUCCGCUAAAACUCACCUGAAGCGCAUCGUAGGUAAUGCGAAGUUGACUUACGAAGAGUUCUCAACUGUGCUGACUGAAAUCGAAGCCGUACUGAACUCGCGCCCGAUGUUCGCUGUGUCCAACGAUCCUGCCGACCCGCUGGUGAUCACACCGGCACAUUACCUGAUUGGCCGUCCUCUCACCGCCCCGGCUGAACCGUCUCUGGAGGAUUUGAACGCCAACCGAUUGGAUCGGUGGCAACACCUGCAGCUCAUGCGUGAGCACUUUUGGCGUGCCUGGAGUCGUGAAUAUUUAAACACACUGCAACCACGGAAGAAAAACUUGCGCGCAAUGCCAAAUGUUCGUGUCGGUAUGAUCGUCUUGCUUCACGACCGAGUUCUGCCACCCCUUAAUUGGAAGCUAGGACGAAUCACGGCGGUUUAUCCAGGAGAAGACGGAUUUGUACGAGCAGUUGACGUGACCGUGAACGGAUCGACCUACCGGCGCCCCAUCAACAAGAUCUCCAUCCUUCCGAUCGAGGACAACCAACCAGAUGAAGCUUCUAAGGUUGAGCAGACUCAACCGGGGGGAGGAUGUUCGGUGUCGCCCCUCCCGCACGACGACGCCCAUGCUGAUUAA